CGACGCGGCGAAUUUCCCGGCAGCUUUGGGCUGGUUCCACUAUGAUCUCCCGGCCUCCACGACAUCGCUGGAGUUCGCGUUCAACAACGGCAAUGGUGUCUGGGAUAACAACAACAACGCGAACUACAAGCUCAGUGGAGCCGGGACUUGGCAAGUGACGAGCUCCGUGAGUGCGCCACCAUCGACCGCAGUUCAGACGGCAUCCAGUGAUGGCACGGGGUUGCACGUCUUCUUCCAGACUGGUUGGGGGGCCCCGUACAUUCACUAUUCGACUGGAUCCACUUGGACUACAUCCCCGGGGAAGCUCAUGACUGCAAGCACCGAUCCGACGUACCCCGCUUCAGUUGGAUGGUUCCAGUACGACGUGGCCGUCCCGCAGGCGUCUCUCGAGUUCGUCUUCAACAACGGCAAUGGAGUCUGGGACAACAACAAGAACGCGAACUACGAGGCUACUAGCGCUGGCAAAUGGAUCGUCAUGAGCACAGUCAGUGUCCCGCCCGCGACGACGACGACGACAACGCCCACAACGGCGCCAGCCCCCCCCACUGCUACACCGAAACCGACCACUGCCAGCCCCACGCCAACGUCCACGGCUGCUCCAUCGCCGACUACUUCUGCGCCAACUCCAUCGGGAAGCUGCUACAAUUACAACGGACAGGACUCAUGCUCCAGCUCGACGCAGACAGAACUCCCAGCUAGCGACGACCAGAGGAAGUGGCAAACUCCGCCGCGCAACGCGAGCGGGUGGUCCACGGAUUACCAAGACUACAGAUCGCUGACUGGAUACGCUCAUGUUGUCUAUGGAGCUGCUCGCACUUCAGCCACCGUCACUGUUCGCACCUUCCUUCGAGUUGCAUCUGCCACCUGCUCGUUCACUUUCAACGGAGUGAAAUCGACGUCUGCGACGUAUCAAGUCACGAACGCGUUGAAAGACGACCUCAUCAUUGUAGUCACGUGCACUGACGGAACCGAUACAUGGACACUGGAGCUGGACCCCGUCAAUUUCGUCUGGCAGAACAACGCGGUAAACCAACCCAGCGGCAUGAAAGGAGGACAGAAGGGAGCCAUCGUCGAUCUCUUCGGUUGGCCGUACGAUGACAUCGCGCAGGAGUGCUCGGACUUCUUGGGCAAGGCUAGCUACAUGGGGGUGAAGAUCAAUCCGCCGCAGGAGUCUGUGUUGACAGAUGCAUGGCCCCAGAACGGUCAGCGGAACCCUUGGUAUUUCGUGUACCAGCCCGUGAGCUACCGUUUGUACUCGCGUCUCGGAACGAGAGCUCAGUUGCGGUCGAUGAUUCAAACAUGCCGGGCCAACGGAGUGCGAGUGUACGCCGAUGCCGUGGUGAACCACAUGUCUGGUGGAGGUAACGACGUGCUCUCGCAUCGCUACAGCAGCGGAGGUUCCUGUGUCACCUGGGGUGCCAAGUCCAGCGCGAAGCACUCGCCAUACUACACCCACAGCUACACUUACGGUGUCAACGAGUACACGAAGGCUCGCCCAGCGCUGGAGUUCCCCGCUGUGCCGUACGGACCUUCCGACUUUCACUGCGAACGCACAAUGAGUUCGUGGACUGACCCCCUGCAGCUCGAAACGGGAUGGCUCACUGGUCUGACGGAUCUGAACACCGAGAAGACAUACGUCCGUGAACGCAUCGCUCAAUACUUCGUGGAUCUGCUCGGCAUUGGCUUUAGUGGGCUUCGCUUGGACGCGCUGAAGCACAUCGGCCCUGUCGAUGCAGGUGCGAUCUACGGGCUUCUGAACACCUUCAUGGGCGGCAGCCUCCCCGACGACUUUAUCUCUUGGGGUGAGGUGAUUCUCGGAGGUGAAGCUAGUCUGUUGGCUUGCAAUGCAGACUCGGGCUACAACUUCUACAAAGGUCUCGACGCGCAGUAUGCUGCCAACGGUAUCUCGUCCACGGACAUCGCCAAGCUGAAGAUUUGGUCGUCGGACUACCCCAAAGAGUUCCCAAUUUGCGGUUCCUGGAUUCUGCCAUCGUCCCGCUUUGUGAUCCAGAACGAUGACCACGAUCAGCAAAACGAUGGCUCGUCGUCCCGCGACAUGGGUGAUGCUGGAUCGGUGCUCAUUAAGGACAAGGACGUCGCGAGGCACCGUUCGUUUGAGGUCAAGCUCUUCUCUCGCACGGACGCCGACUGGCAGAUCAAGGUUGUUCUGAGCUCGUACACGUGGUUCUCGAACGGCGCCGCUGGGUUCCCCGACGGCUACUCAGAUUGCAGUGGCUUCGACUCAUCUCAAGGCCAGAAAUGCACGGCCAGCGUACCUUACGAGAAAGCGUUCCGGGCUGGAUCCUGCGGCUACACGGUUGAGGGCUUCGCUGGAGGCAAGUACACUCGUGUACACCGUGACCUGUCGAUCGUGAACGCGAUGCGCAGCUGGAUCGGACUUUCGUCUGUCACGCUGGCGGGCCUCGGAAUCUCUGGGAGCUGCUAA